UCCAGUAACCAUUAUGAUGUCGCGUAGCCCAAAGUUGUCGGUCUAUCUGCUCCUCGUCGCAAUUUCCGUGGGCGGUAGUCUAUCCUACGAUGUGCCCAAGGCCACCGUGAAGGUCAUUUCGCCAAUAGGUUUUGAGGUCUCCAUUCCCGACGAGCCCGGUAUUUCCCUGUUCGCUUUUCAUGGAAAGGUCAACGAGGAGAUAUAUGAUCUGAGCGAUCAGACGUGGGCAGCGGAUAUAGUGAAUCCCCGAAAUGGACGCUGGACAUAUCGCAACCGGAACCAACGACUUCAAACCGGAGACGUUCUGUAUUAUUGGACAACGGCACGAUACCAUGGAGUCGACUACCACAACUACAACCAGGAAUACGUUGUUGGCCAUAGAGAUUUAGAACGAAUAGACGAAAACGAGUCCAACGGUGGACCUCAGCCUACUUUUUCCAACGGCCACAAAAAUUUUUUUCUCCGGCUAAUUAAGGAAAUCCAAAUCAGAAAGUCUGCCAUAGUCAAUAUUAGCUCUUGAGUCAGCUUGGUUUUAAGAGGUACUAGCAAAAAUCUUAAUGUACUGAAUUUAUUGUUAUGUGGAUCUGAAAUUAAAGCUUAAUCUUAAGUGUUAUGAUGGUGGUUAUAAAA